CGGCGCGGCUUCCGGAAGUCCAAGAUCGUCGCCAUGGACGGCGGCGGCCUCUUCGUGGCCUCCCAGGACGAGCGCGACGGCGCCGCCGAGCGCGGGCAGCACACGGUGGGCAUCGGCGAGGUGCGGCCCUUCUACGAUGCGGGCCAGGAGACCGGACUUGCGCAGAUAACGCCGCCAUGGUGCACCUCGACGACGCCAAUAUCCUCGAGAAUCUGCGCAAGCGCUACGGCAAGGACGAGAUCUACACCUACACGGCCAACGUGCUGCUCGCGGUGA